AUGGGAAUGUAUGACUAUCGGCCGUACGUCAAGAAAGUGACCAACAAUAAGCAGAUACUGUUUGAGUGCGAGCGGGGCUAUCAUCUCAUCAACGGUCCGCCGGGGGCCACGUGUGUGGACGGCUUGUGGUCGCCCCACGAGUUGCCCCAAUGCGUGCGCGGCUCACAUCCGAAGAUGCGAUGGCUCAGCAGUUCCAACAAUAAACGCCGGCGACGGUGGGUAUUACGCGAAAUGAAUUACGGUAUGGGAGGGGCGGCCGCGCAUCAGCGCCGGUCCCGACCCCGAAGGCACCAGAAAUAUAAGGCCUCGUGUAAGCCAUUGAAAGAGACCCAAUGGAUGAAGAUAUCGGUGGUUAAGUUCGGUGUGGGCAACGAGACGUACCCUCACGGCACCCGAGUCCGCAACUAUUGCUCCAACGGUUACGUCUCAAACAUCGGUAAUCUGACCGCCAAAUGCGCGAAAGGCGUUUGGAAACCCCGGGAGCCCGAGUGUCAGAUCGCUCCCUGUCUGACGCCAUUCGCGGUCAACGGUUUCUUCUACCACCGGAACGCACAGUUGACAAUAGCGCACCGCAUAUCACACGGCGAUGCCAUACGGCUGGGCUGUAUGGCCGGCCAUCAACUGCAUCUCCCUUUGACAAUAGCGCACCGCAUAUCACACGGCGAUGCCAUACGGCUGGGCUGUAUGGCCGGCCAUCAACUGCAGGGGGCGCCCACUAUGAGGUGCUGGUACGGCGAGUGGACGGGUCCGCAGCCGCAGUGCAUCGCCGCCCCCUGCGCUCUGCCCACCAUUAGAAAUGGUUACUAUUCGGGCGGUUACCGCUCCGGACUCACCAUUUCUCACGGCUCUGUCAUUGAAUUUCACUGCAAACCCAAUUACGUUCGGGGCGUUCAGGAGCCGCCCCGUUGUUUCGAGGGCCGGCUUAUGCCCGAACCGCCGCAUUGUAUUGAACACGACUUAGUUAUGAAUGUCAUCGACGAUAAGGCCAUAAACGCAGACGAAUCGAUAAUAUCUGUGCCAAAAACACAUGUAUUAUCACCGACUGGUGUGUCGAUGGGUGGGUCGGAGUCGACCAUAACGUACAACACUAGCACUCCAUCGGAGAUGCUUUGGUGCGAACCGCCGGACAAACUGGAAAACGUACUCAAAUACGAGUCCACUUUCAGCGCUAAUCAUUUGCCACUCAUUAGUAUCGCACAAAUCAAUUCAAAUGACAAUAACGACAACAACAACAGCACGACUACAGCACAGCCAACAACAGCCGACAGCACCCCCUCAACAGCCGCACCCAUCACCACAACGCCCAUCACUGCCACCACUGUGUUCGCCAAACUCAUUGAAAUUACCACAACUUAUUUCACCGACUUUUUAAACAUAACUGAUUUAAGCAAAGGCUUGUUAUUGAGUGCCGCCGACAACAAGAGCGUCGAUAUAACGGAUACGACGACCGCCGCCGGCCCUCAGGAAAAGGUAUACCAUCCGCACGGGACGGAAAUUGUGUUCAAUUGUUUGCCGGCGAUGAAUGGCCAGCGAAACACGUGGACAAUCACGUGCGAAGACGGCGGUUGGAUUGGCCGGGCGUCCAAAUGCGACAUCGGCAAAUACAACCUCAUUGGCAGCAAAACACGGAAAUGCGUUUACGGCGAGUGGGACGGCGACCGACCACAAUGUUUUGGCCUCUCGCAGGAGAACGAUUACGCUCUGGAAAAGCCGCCGACUAUACUAUUCCGGCACCAAUUGGGACCAAUAGCCCAGAGUGUGGACGGAAAGCUGAUUGUAUAUCCGGGCACUAUAUUGCACUUGGAGUGCCUCUGGAAGCGCAAGUUUGGCGCACCCGUAUGGGAGUGGAGCCAUUCGUUCCGCAAAUAUAACCAGGAUUGGACAACAGAGUCGGGUCGCGAUUCUGGCCUCGAGUUUCGUUUAAGUAUAUUUCACGCCCAGAAGGAGGACUCCGGGCUCUACACGUGCCGAACACCCAAUUAUCACAGACACUCUGUUGAGAUAAUUGUCAAACCGGUUCAUUGUUCAGCGCUGGUAGAGAGCGACGGACUGAAGAUUAUAAGCCCGAGCACUAAAAUGAACGCCAAAGCCUUGUUCACGUGUCGGCCCGGUAUGAAACUGAACGGCACCGAUAGUGCCGAGUGUCUGCCAUCAGGCAAUUGGUCCGCAAACACCCCGACGUGUAUUAUAACCGAAUGCCCGGAUCUGACGAAUAGCACCGACAUUGCGAUCAUUGAUAACCAAACGGACCCGAGAUCUAUGUUGAAGACGACGAUGAAUGGCCGAUAUGUCGAGGUAUUUUGCGAGACACCAGUCAUACCAACACAUGGUUAUCUACAGGGCGACAAAAUACAGCGCUUCCGGGGCGGCGAUAUCGUACAGUUCACGUGCGAUACCGGGUAUAUGCUUGAGGGCAACCCCAUUGUCAUCUGUCAGGAGAACAGCCGCUGGUCGGGUCCGCCGCCCAACUGUGUGCCCGCGUGCACAUACCCGGGCACAACACACGGCGGCAUUAUAUCGAUCGUCAAGUUCUUCUACAGCGUGAACGAGACGGUGAGGUUUGAAUGCGCCGACGGGUACGACAUGAGGGGU